AUGGUUCUUCGGUCUCAUAAGUGUCGGCUCUGCAAGCUUGUGGGAGACCUUGGAGAAGAGGCACCAGAAGGGGGCUUCAAGACAGCUCUGCUCAGUGUGAGACAGGGGGAUGCUGCCUCUUCCUCCUCUCCUCUGGCUUUGCCCACCCAAAGGGAGGUGUCUGCUGCUGGGCCAUCCAGUGGUGCUCAGGUCCUUCCAAGUACUGGCUCUGUCACUCACCGUAGGUACACUGCAGGGAGUCAAUCCCAUGGUAGUGCAGAGGCCUCUCAGGAUGAAGCAAGCCCUGAGGCCCUACUCGAGCAAGCACUAGAUGUGAAAAGGUGUGAGUUGAUGCAGUUCCUCCUCCGUAAAUAUCGGAUGAAGGAGCUGUUCACCAGGGCCGAAAUGCUGUCUUAUGUCAUCAGAGAGUACAAAGGGCAUUUCCAUGAGAUCUUCAGUAAGGUGUUGAAUUGCCUACAGGUGGCCCUUGGCAUUGAUUUGAGGGUAGUAGACCCCAAUCAGCACUGCUAUAUGCUUGAAACAGCCCUGGGCCUCACCUAUGAUGGGAUGCAGGAUCAUCAUCAGAGCAUGCCCAAGACGAGCUUCCUGAUAAUGGUCCUGGGCCUGAUCUUCUCGAAAGGCAACUGUGCCCCUGAGGAGGAGUUGUGGGAAUCUCUGAGUGUGAUGGAAGUGUAUGAUGGUAGAGAGCACCACCUCUACGGGGAGCCCCGGAAGCUCCUCACGGAGGAGUGGGUGCGGGAAGGGUAUAUUGAGUACCGGCAGGUGCCCCACAGUGAUCCUGCUCGCUACGAGUUCCUGUGGGGUCCCAGGGCCCAUGCUGAAACCACCAAGAUGAGAGUCCUGAAGCAUUUGGCCAAGUUCAAUCAGGUGAAUCCCAGAUCCUUCUCAUCUCUGUAUGACGAGGCUUUGAGAGAUGAGAAUGAGAGGGCCCAGGCAGGAGAGGCCUCUCAGGCCAGUGGGGAUGCCAGGGCCUGA